AUGGGGGACUGGUCAUAUCUUUCCAAGUUACUGGACAAGGUGCAGUCCCACUCAACGGCCAUCGGAAAGACAUGGAUGAGUGUCCUGUUUAUCUUCAGGAUCCUGGUUCUGGGUGCAGCAGCAGAUAGCGUGUGGGGAGACGAACAGUCUGAUUUCUACUGCAACAACAAAGAACCUGGGUGUGAGAAUGUGUGCUAUGACUGGGCCUUCCCCAUCUCACACAUCCGUUUCUGGGUCAUGCAGAUCAUCUUUGUCUCCACCCCAACUCUUCUAUAUCUGGGCCAUGCCAUGCAUGUCAUCCAAAGGGAGGAUAAAAUGAGGGAGGCACUGCAGAGCCAGGUUGACAAUGGCAUGUUGAAGAGGCCCAAAUACACAGAUGACCGGGGGAAAAUCAAAAUCAAGGGAAUUCUGCUACGUAGCUACAUGACCCAGUUGUUCUUUAAGAUAGUGUUGGAGCUCGCUUUUAUUGUGGGACAGUACUACUUAUAUGGGUUUGUCAUGAAACCCAUGUUCCUCUGUCAACAACAGCCCUGUUCCAGACUGGGUGCUGAGUGCUUCAUGUCCCGUCCCACAGAGAAGACCAUCUUUAUCAUCUUCAUGCUGGUGGUGAGCUGUGUGUCCCUGCUUUUGAAUGUGAUCGAGGUGUUUUAUUUGAUUUGCACCAGAAUAAAAUGUGGAAACAAGAAACAAUACCCACUGCAUAUCACCUCAGUUGAGAACCCAAUCACGCUUUACUGUCCUACAUCAGAAUGGAAAGGUAACCUGGAUGGACAUGAAGAUUGCUCACCCCUUCACAACAUCCAAAGAGAAGCUGAACUAAUGGAGGAAAAGAAAAACACUCCUUAGGUUUGCAAUAGAUUUCAUGUGAUGAUAUUCUGACAUGUGAAUUGAUGUAAUCGUAUCCAAUUAGUUGACUACACUUCCAGUAAAUUAGGGAAACAAAUCAUUCCAGAGUGUAUUGAGUUUUGUUUGUCAAAUAGACUACCUUGUUACGGAAUGUUGUAAAUAUUACAGCUUGUUUCUAUGCUG